AUGUUUACAAGAAUACGACGUAGUCAAAUUGAAAGUGUUAGAUCCUUUUUCAACUUUGCUGCAAAAUCACAGUCACAAACUUAUCAAAUUUCCAAGAUUUUAAAUGGUCCACCAUCACAAUUAUUUCAAAUUGUUAGUCAGGUUGAUAAUUAUAAAUUGUUUGUACCAUUUGUAGAAGAUUCAUAUAUAUUAUCAAGGGAUUCCCAAGGAUUUCCAAGUAAUGCAGGUUUAAAAGUUGGUUGGAAAGAUAUUACUGAAAAAUUUGAUUGUGAAUUAGAUUGUAUUGAAAACGUUAAAGUUUCUGCAAAAUCAAUUGAAUUAGAAUUAUUUGAAUUUUUAGAAACUGAAUGGAUUUUUAGAAAUGUUGAAGGAAGUAGUAAUGAAGAUCAAUGCAAGAUUGAUUUUAAAUUGAAUUAUAAAUUUAAAAAUCCAAUUUACGAUAAACUAAGUUUCAUGUUUGCUCCUCAAGUGACUGAAAUAAUGAUUGGUGCUUUUGAGAAACGUUUAAAACAAAUGAAGAGAGAUGAAAUGAUGAGUAAAUUUAAAAACCGUCAAGCAAAGUUGUAG